AAAAAAUGAUGCUUUAAAAUGAUAAAAUCGUAACGAUAUUGCAUAGAUAACUCAAAAUUCUUAAUCUUUUAGGAAAAGGAAAUUUUGGAACUGUAUGGAAAGUUGUGGAUGAAAAGACCAAAGAAAUAUUUGCAUUGAAGAUAUAAAGUUAAUUAGAUGAACAUGAAUAGGAGAUUUUGGUAAAUCUUUCGUAAUUUUCUCACAGAAACAUUGUUAACAUCCUAGGUUUUGAAAAAAUUAAUGAUCAAUGUUUCUGUAUUCUAAUGGAAUGUUGUAGUGAAAACUUAUUUGAGAGAAUAUAAUCAAAAGUAUUUGAUCAAAAAGAUCUCAGAUACGUAUUAGUAAGCAUAGCUGAUGGAAUAAAAGCUUUACAUAAUAAUACAAUCACACAUAGAGAUUUGAAACCAGAGAACAUUAUGAUUAAAGUUAUUAAAGACUCUAAGAAUCCAGGAUACACAUAAAAUAUAUAUAAAAUAGGAGAUUUUGGUUUAUCCUCAAAUAAGGAUGUUAACCAAACAAGUUAAGUUGGUACUUGUUACUACAUGGCUCCUGAGGUGAUUAGCAAUCAACCCUAUACUAAUUCGGUUGACAUAUGGUCUUUAGGAGCAAUUUCAUAUGAGCUACUGACAAACAGGCCAUUGUUUGAAGGAAAUUCGUAAGAUGAUAUCCUAACUUAAAUUAUUAAUUUCAACACAAAAGAAGUCUAUGAUGUUUUUCUUAAAAAGAUAGAAAUAAUUUAAGAAGAUGAAUACCAAUCUCUAAUUAAAAAAAUGUUGCAAUAUAAUCCGUAGAAUAGAAUCAAUAUAGAUGAAGUUGUAAGAUAAUUGAGAAAUAGAUAUAGUAGUCCUCCAAAAAUUAUGCCUUUAUUUUAGCCUAAAAUCGAAACUCCAAAGAUAUUUUAAUAAUAAUUAACAUAUGGAUAGAAUCAAACUAAUAAAAUGCAGAUUCAAUUAUUAUUUGAAAAAAAUAAGUUUAGCACACCAAAACUCGAAUAGUAAAAUAAUAAUGAUGUAUUAUAAUACUUAUAAUUAGAAAUCAUAAUAAGCAUUUCCUUAGAAGGUCUAAUAGAAUGUUUCUGGUUUUCAAUUAUAGUAAACUACAAUAAAUUAGCAGAGUUCACUUUAAAGUCCAAGAGAUGGUAAAUAAGGUUAAAUAAGUUGGAAUACGAACUAAGCAUCUAAUAUAAUCAAUAGUCCCCAUUCUCCUUAACGUUUGAAUAAUUUUAAUAUUGCACCUAAAAAUGGCGAAUUUAAGAAACCAGAUAAUCAAGCAAAGCCAGUUUUUUAAAAUAUAUAAAAAAAAAAAUGA